ACAUCAAACCAAACUAAGACAAACAUACCACACCACACAACAUGGCAUUCAAUGGCUAUUUCGUUCUCGGACUCAUUGGUCUUCUUCUUCUUACUUCUUCCAAAGUUACAUGCAAAGAAACAGUUACAGUUUCACCUAUUAUUGACAUUUCACUCAAUCGGAACAGUUUUCCUCAAGGCUUCAUCUUUGGGGCAGGUUCUUCCUCAUACCAGUUCGAAGGUGCAGCAAGGGAAGGUGGUAGAGGACCAAGUGUAUGGGACACCUUCACCCAUAAAUACCCAGAAAAGAUCAACGAUAGAAGCAACGGAGACGUAGCCAUUGACUCAUAUCACCACUACAAGGAAGAUAUUGCGAUGAUGAAGGAUAUGAAUUUGGAUUCAUAUAGAUUUUCCAUAUCUUGGUCAAGGAUUCUCCCAAGAGGAAAGCUAAGUGGAGGAAUAAAUCAAGAAGGAAUCAACUAUUACAACAAUCUUAUCAAUGAGUUGCUCGCAAAUGGUAUAAAACCACUUGUGACUCUUUUUCAUUGGGAUCUUCCUCAAGCAUUAGAAGAUGAGUAUGGUGGCUUUUUAAGCCCACGCAUAGUGAAAGAUUUUCAAGACUAUGCCGAACUUUGUUUCAAGGAAUUUGGUGAUAGGGUAAAACAUUGGGUUACUUUGAACGAGCCAUGGAGUUAUAGUAAUAAUGGCUAUGCAAAUGGACGAAUGGCACCAGGUCGUUGUUCUACUUGGUUAAAUUUAAAUUGCACUGGUGGUGAUUCUGCAACAGAACCUUAUUUAGUUACACAUUACCAACUUCUUGCUCACGCAGCAACUGUUCGUGUGUACAAGACAAAGUAUCAAGCAUCUCAAAGGGGUCUAAUAGGCAUAACCUUGGUAGCUAAUUGGUUUUUGCCACUCAAGGAUACCAAAUAUGAUCAAAAGGCUGCUGAAAGAGCUAUUGACUUUAUGUAUGGAUGGUUUAUGGAUCCAUUAACUUCCGGAGAUUACCCAAAAAGCAUGCGAUCUCUUGUACGAACACGAUUACCAAAGUUUACUACAGAACAAUCCAAACAACUAGCUGGGUCAUUUGAUUUUAUUGGUCUAAACUAUUACUCUACAACAUAUGCCUCUGAUGCACCUCAUCUAAGCAAUGCUAGACCUAGCUACAUAACAGAUUCUCUUGUAAAUCCUGCAUAUGAACGUGAUGGAAAACCUAUAGGCAUAAAGAUUGCUUCUGAUUGGUUAUAUGUUUAUCCAAGAGGAAUUCGUGAUCUUUUAUUAUAUACUAAAGAAAAAUACAACAAUCCUUUGAUUUACAUCACAGAAAAUGGUAUAAAUGAAUAUGAUGAUCCAACACUAUCACUUGAAGAAUCUCUUAUGGAUACUUUUAGAAUUGAUUAUCAUUAUCGUCAUCUCUUUUAUCUUCAAUCUGCAAUUAGGAAUGGCGCAAAUGUAAAAGGAUAUUAUGUUUGGUCUUUGUUCGAUAACUUUGAGUGGUCUUCAGGCUACACAUCAAGAUUUGGAAUGAUCUUUGUGGAUUACAAAAAUGAUUUGAAGAGAUACCAAAAACUUUCGGCACUGUGGUUCAAGAAUUUUCUUAAGAAAGAAACUAAACUUUAUGGUUCUAGUAAAUAAUAUCAUUAAAUUCAUUUAUUAGUGAUCAUUUUUGUAAGUAAUUAUUUGGUUUUUAUUUAAUUAUUCUUUUAUUCUAAAGAGGCCCUAUUGAAUUUAUAGGGGAAAUAGAGAUGUAGAUCUAUUGAUACAGAAAGAAUAGAACUAACAUAUUGUUUUGGUAAAGAAAUUGUAUAUGGUUCUACAAUUGUGAUUUUAUAUUUUAUUUUCUGAUUUUGAGUUUGUA